AUGGAUCAGAAACCAGUGGAAACUAGACAACUCCUUAAUAAAGUCUUACCGAGGGACGUAUUGGUAGAAGUGGAAAAAGGAGAGAAGCUUUAUGUAACCGCUGAUAAACGUGGAGAAAAGGGAGGUUGCAAGCGUCCUCUAUGUUGGACUCUUUUAGGACUCGUCGUAGCAGCUAUUGUCGCACUCAUCGUUUUAGCAGCAACUGGAAUCCUCUUCGGUAACUCACCUACACCCCUCGAGCAAUACAACGCAUCGGUUAGUUCAGCGCGCGCGUUUGGCGGCAUCACCGGUGAUCACAGUAGCCAUAAUCAUGAUCACAGUGGCCACAAUCAUGAUCAUAGUGGUCAUCAUCAUGACCACGACCACGACCACAACGAACACGACCACGAUGAAACCACGCCCUCUGAAUAUAGCGCAGACACACAAAAUGACGAAGCACAUGGUCCUUUGUCUGAAGAAUCUGACGAUACCUCUAUGUAUGUGCCAAGAACAGUAGAAGGUGAAUUAAAGAUUGACAAUGAAAUAUUCGUGCCAGCAAUGGAAGAUCCAGAUAGUGAAGAAUAUAGAGAGUUCACGUCCACUUUCACAGACGCAUUGAAACACGCAUUAUUUGACAGAAACAGUAUGGAAAAUGGCGACAAUGAGAUAAUGAUCGAAGUUGUUCAGAUAAGAAACGGAUCCGUCAUAGUCACAUACAGAAUCCAUUGGAUACCGAAACACAAUACCGACACCAAUGAAGAACUACUUACAGCAAAAUCUCUUAAAACAAACCUAGAUAACUACCUAAACACUAACAACAGAAUGAUCAGCGUAUACCACGUAGCUGAAGAAAACAUAAAAGCAAGACCCGUCCUUGAUCUAUGCAAAGUCAAUAAUAACGAUUGUGAAUAUAAAUGCGAAUUCGACGACUCCAAUCUAGAUUUCAUUUGUACUUGCCCACAUGGACAGAUCCCAGAUAUGCAUUCACCUAAGAAAUGUAUAUCAUUUUUAGAUGAACAAAACAUUCACGAAACAAGUCAUAAAGAUGCCAGUGCAAGUACUAUGAGGUCUGUUUCUGAAGAAGACAACUCAGAUACUGACGAUGUACAAGCCAAAGAAAAUGAGUUUGAUUGGAAACAAAAAGAACAUUUCGUGCCGGACACUACAACUGAAACUGAUCAUGACCUGAAUUUCCCUCAUAUCUUUGGUCAUUCAAGUUCUGAAGAUCCUAAACCUGAACCAGAACCAGAGCCUGUACAAACCUCCCCUGUACCACAAUCAUCUGAAGAAGAACCAAAACCUGAACCCGGAGCUGAACCUGAAUCUACAGAAGUACAACCUGAGCCUACAGCAGAACCAAAGCCAGAGCCCGAACCUGAACCAGAAUCAGAAAGUGAACCAAAGCCUGAACCUGAACCAACUAUCGAACCGCAACCAGAACCGGAACCAGAACCAGCUGCAGAACCACAGCCAGAACCAGAGCCUGUACCAACUGCAGAACCUAAGCCGGAACCCGAACCUACAUCUGAACCUGAACCGUCAUCAGAAACAAAAGCAGAACCUGAACCAAUUGCUGAACCAAAACCAGAGCCCGAACCAACCGCAGAACCAAAACCUGAACCGACAUCAGAACCGGAACCAACGGCGGAGCCUAAGCCAAAUAUGGAAUCAUCUUCCGAAGUAACGCCCAUACAACAUCCCUCAAUGGAAUAUGAAUCUCGAUCUAAGCAAGGAUCAAUAGACGCAAUACCUAUUAUCUCAGAACAAACAACUAAUAAUCCAGAAAUGCAACAAACAACUAUUACAAAUUCUGAACAUAUGCCAAAUAGUGAAGAACACCAAGAUGAAAUGACUCAAGUGAAUACUACACCUAGGCGCAUAUUCGAUCACCCUACCUUUGACUUGGAUAGUUUAAUGGGACUUCACACUACGUCAGAAUCUUCACAAACAAUAUCUCCCGAAAAUGAAAUUCAGCGAAACAUUGAAUUGGAACCACAAAAUGAAAUGCCAAUGACUACCACCACUAUGAGGAUAUCCAUUUCAGAGCCUGGUGCCAUAAAUGAACCAUCAUAUGAGCCAAACCCCGAAAUCAUAUCUAUAUUAAAAGAAAACGGAGAACAAGCGAAGUCAAAUGAUUCUGAUGACGAUUGGCUACAAGUAGAUGAUAACAAUAUGAACGUGAUCCCUUCAAAUGCCGAUACAACUACAGUUGCUAAUGAAAAUUCAAAUACCCAAAUGCAAAGCGAAAGUAAUGAUAAAUCAGAACAGCGAUCAUCUAAAACAUUCAAUGAUUUUCUCGCCGAAGAAACAACUGAUAAAGUUAACGAAAACAAAAACGAUGACAUAACAUUUGAUCUUAUCCAGAAAAAUAAUGAAAUGCCUUCUGUAGAAACUACUACACUGAUGUCUGAGGAAAAUACGCAAGUUCCCGUAUUCAUACCAUCAGGGCCAAUCAAUAUUGAAUCAAAGGACAACACAAAUAAAAAAGCUAUGGAAACCACCACAAUGAAUGUAUUAAUGAAUAAAGUAAGUGAACAAAGCCAAGAUGAAUCCAAAUUAAGCCAAUUUGUAACAGAAAACAAUGUAUACGAUACACAAGUAAAUAAUGAAAAUAAAGUUAUUAUCAAUACUGAUUCGCAAAGUCCUGCUUUAAAUGAGAAACCAGAACUCCAAACUACUACUGAAGUAGAACAAAAUAUGCAUUCUAUAAAUGAGCAAAAUGAUGAUUCUGAUGACGAAAAGAAACUGGUUAUAGCGCUGGUUCACACUACAACUCCCAAGCCUAUCUCUGAAGGAAUGCCAGAAAUGGAAAAGGACAUGUCAAAUGAAAAUUCGGAUGUAACGUUCGAUACAAUUAAUAUGCUCUACAAUCGAUCAUCUAAAGCAAUAGUGAAUCAAGAAAACAAAAUUGAAGAUAUAACUGUGUCUAACAACAAUGCAGAAGCUACAACAGAGUCAGACUGGCUGUCAGAAUCCGUCACAGAAGUUAACUAUGAAGAUGUUGCGAAAAAAGAAGAGAAAAUUGAAACAACAGAAACUUCUGCCGCUAAAAUAGAGGAAAUAAUGGGAACGGGAAUGAACAAAGACGAUUUUGAACCUGAUUAUUUAAAUAACAUGGAGACUAUCACGAAAAAAAUGUCAGACCAGAGUGAUGUAAUGUACAAUAUGUCGCAGGAUUACGAUAGUGAUGAUGCUAGAGUUAAGCGAGUAAACGAUCAAGUAGAAAAUUCUGAUGAAAACGGCACAAAUAGUAUACAUGAUGUAUCGAUAUCAAGUUCUAAGGUAAACCCGGUCGAAACUACAACUGUAGGGCAAUAUAUAUACAAGGUUGCGGAGAAAAAUGUAAACGAAAUGACCGCUAAUACUGAAAGUUCACUUCCACACCCUGCACCAGUGUGGGAAGAGAUUGAACCAGAAAGGGAAACACCAGUCACUGAACAACCAAAACCAGAGCCGGAGGAGAGUAGAGUGAAUAAUAACGUCAAUGUUGUCACACCUACGACAAUGCCGCCAACCACUGUUGCUAACAUGGGAGAAAUGGAACAAAUAAAUCCAUCAGAAAUGGAUGCUGCCUCUCAAAACACAACACAAGUAAGCAAUUUAAACGUAACAAUAUACGAGAUAUCUAGUCCGAACGAUAAUGUAUCUUUCAUCACAGCAAAACCUGCAGUUCAAGAUUUCGAAGAUCAUGAAACAGAGAUGAACCCUUUCUUACCUGAAGUCGAAAACAACAAGAGUCUCGUGAAAAAAUUACAAGAAGGCCAUGAUAUAAACGAGCCUACGAACUUAAAUGAAACGCAAAACGAAAACGUGGAAGAACAUAACAACUCUGAUAAAGUAGUUAUGGAAGCUGGUCAGGCUGAUAAAACGAAUGAGCCUGUUGCCAUACAACCAGAACAAGUAACAACGGCACCUAACACGAACGAUAUGUUCAAUCAACUAUAUACUAACAGCAACCCUCAAAUAAAUUCUGAUUCUAGCACAGCCGUAAACAAACCCGUUACAUUCUCACCAAUAAGUGACGAAUCACAAAACACCGAAGCGAACGAAAAAGUUAUACCUAUUUCGACAUUUUUAUUAGACACAGACGAUUUAGACACUACCAGAAGGCCGACUGGAAUUCCGAAAAAUGAAUUGGAAAACACUUUGUCUGGUGAGAUAGUAAAAUCUGAGGGAAAUAAUAAUGAAUUUCUUAGUGUAGUGCCCAUAGAAGAUGUAAGUAAAGAUAUAAAGAAAGACUACAGCGGUGACAAUCAAGAACUUAACUUCAUCAGUGAUUCACCCAAAAAGAGUGACAGAAGAUUAGACGUAAGUAGCUUAGACACUAAUGAAGCG